UGUGUAUUUGUAUAUCUUGUGAUAAGCCCAAUUGUGCUUUACAAACAAGAAGGAUUAGAAUCACACAACUGUAACUAGCCAAACUAGUGCAUACAAAUUGACUAUUUGGACGCUGGAUUCCCUACAAGGCUGACAGGCUUGACUCACACGAUCACGAUCAUUCCAAAGACCAGGUUAGUAUCAAUAGAGAUGUCGAUUGAAGCGCUUCCCAACGAACUGCUGGUACAGAUUUUCAACCAUCUGAGCUGGAGCCAUCUCAGCAAAGAUGUCUCCCUGGUAAAUCGCCGAUGGUAUAAAGUGGUUGGAAUGGCUUCCUUGACUCGCAAGACCACACUUAAUCUAUCCAAACUCGGACCGAACUGGACAAAUAAUAGUGACGAUUAUGUUUGCAUUCCUCUGGAAGUGUUGCGCAGUAGUUCACGAGAGUAUACUGAAUUUAGCUGCUCGUUGCAACCGUUGAGGAAAGAACAAAUGGUUUAUGGAUCGUUUGGAGUAGUGCUGCAGUAUUGCUAUGAUCGCUGGAACAUCAAAAGUCUAUGUUUGACGGCCUACUAUCACCAGUUCGAAGUAUUUUUGAUCUAUCAUAAAAACUUAUUAAAUAAUGUGGUAAAAGCGAAUUUUGUAGUUCAAGAUAUUCCUCUACUAGGUGAAACCCCACGCGAUAGAGAAACUUUAUGUGAGCGAUUUGAUCUAUCCCUGGAAAAAUUGCAAAAACUUGAUUUUGAUCACACGCAAUUCUAUGACCAUUCGCCUCCAUAUGAUAUAGUUCUCAAGACACCAAACUUGGAAACAAUAAACAUACGCAGAUGUGUAUUAAAAAACAAUGUUCGGCUUGAGCUCCACAGUUGUCCUAAACUGCGAUCGUUGAGUAUAUUUAGUCAAAAGCCAUUAUGCUUAGCAGAUAUUACCGAUCCCUGGGAGUUGGACGAUAUAGUAUCACAAAAAGUACCUCAUUUCACUCACCUCAAGCUAACAAAUGUGCCCAUAAGAAGGACAAUGAAGACCAUGUUCAGAAGUCUACGAUAUAUCUACUUGGCAUACGUCAGAAUAGUUCCUACCGAUGAUGUGUUGGAUUGUGAGAAUCUAACUGAGCUGGUCGUUCAUUCAUUACUUCUAAAGAAAUCCCUCAAGCUUAAGGUACCAAGGCUGCAGAUAUUAAACUGCGAUAUGGACGUGCUCAAAUUAUUGGACCUGCAAGACGCAUUCCAAGCUGAUCAGUUGAUCAUCGACAUGUUUUAUGAGUCUGCUGGUCGUAACACAGAAAUGGUGAAUCUUUCAGGAUUUUCCCAUUUUCGUCGGCUUCUUCUGAAGCCUAACAAAUGCUACUGCUACGACGUUUCAUGGUUCACUUACUUGUGGUCACAUCUAUUAGGUGUAGUGGAACUAGAAGUGCGUGGCGAAUUUCCACGUGAUCCUCAAGAGCGGCUGCAGGACUUACUGAAAUGCUUCACGCAGAUUUCAUCGCUGCGUCUGCAGAGAAUAAACAUUCCAAACGAUUUGCGUUUUUUACCAUCGAAUGUAAAGACGAUCUACAUUGAGGAUUGUUCGGUUGUUGGCAGUAGGGUUCAGUUCUCCCCAAGUGUGGAGAGCGUCCGAGUGCAUAGGCUAUGGAACAAGAACGAAGAUAUGCGUAGGACUUUUUAUCACAUGCAGUUGCAACCGGCGAACAAAUUUCAACCGUUACUGUCCAUGAAGUUUAUUGGUACACCUAUGGGACGUAGAAUGGCCUAUUCAUCAUCGGAGGAACGCCAGAGCGGCUCAAAUCGAUGAGAGCUACAGUGUAUUUGAUAGUUAGGCGUAGUGUGUUAGUCCAGAAGAGCUCGAUUUUGUGCAAAUCGUACUCAAAUUUUGUAAGAUAUAAAUUUCAUAAUUUGUAUAAAAAAGUUUCGUCGUUGAUAAAUUAUCUAAAAUAAAAUUUUCAAAUAA